UAUAUAAGGCACCGUCAACCAACAAAUGACAUAUUACAAAUCAAACUCUACGGUACUAAAGGAGUACUGGAUUUGAAACAUGAAGACAUUCGUCGUUUUACUUGCCCUUGCGGCGGUAGCCAUUGCGGGUCCUAUAAACAUAGAAGACGUUGAACAAGAUAACGUUGAAGCUGAUUUAUCCAAGAUAUCAGGAGGAAUUAAGUGCCAUGGAAGGAAAUGCAAAGGUAGCAUCAAUAUUGGCGGAAGUUGGUACAUGGACGAUGAGGGAACCCUCAUACCAGUUGAGGAACCGGCCAAGAUCAAAAUCGGAGUCAAAUGCCGAAAGAAGCAUUGUGGCAUUGGUGUCCACUGGUUCUCGCUAACGGAGGAAAUUAAUAAACCUGAAGAAGCUAAAAGUCACGUUGAAGUUGGGGCUGAAUGCCAUGGAUCAAAAUGCAGUGGAAACGUAAAAGUCGGUGUUGACUGGUUCCAAGCGGAAGACGGAAGUCUCGUCGGUGUUCCCAGACCCGAAGUGGAGUCCAAGAAUCACAUCAAAGGUGGAGCAGAUGACGACUUGUUCAUAGCAGGAGAUGAAACUCUUGUCCCAAUACCAAAAUCCAACGUAGCCAUUUUCGGUGGUCGUGUUGAGGUUGGAAGUCAAUGCGAGGGAUCGAAAUGCAAAGGAAUUCUUGGCGUUAAAGUAAACUGGUUCAAAACUAAGGAUGGAAAUCUUGUCCCGAUUGUAACGGCAACACCAGCUGAUGAACAUUUCGAUGAUAGCAAUGGAUCAAAACACGUUGGCGUCGAAUGGUUCGUAACAUCGGACGGCACUGUUAUCCUAAUUCCAACGCCUGCGAAAACUCAUAUAACAGGAGGAGUGGAAUGUCACGGAAAACAUUGCAGCGGUAACAUCGGCAUUGGCGUAGAUUGGUUCAAGAACGAAUACGGAAAUGUUAUCCCGACAAUUACACCUAUUUCCCAAUCUGCGGAAAACGAAAUAGAGUACAAAAAAGAAAAAGUACCUAUUAUCCCGAUUAUACCAAAAGACAUGCCACGUGUGAUUAAACCAAAAUCAUUUGAGGAGGAAUAGAAAGAGAAUUGAAGAAACAACUGAAGCUUCUCUUUAAAAAAAAAAAAAACCCAAACAAAAAAUAACGCCAUCCAUUAGAAAAUUAAUUCGUUAAAAAAGGAAAGAAAAAAAAGAAAAAGAAUCGGUAAGAUGACAUCAACUUGUACUUGGUAUAGUUACUGGUAUAAUUAAAUCUAUUAAUUAGAAAUGAUAUUGUCUUUAAGACAGUCUACGAACAAAGACAGGCAUCUUUUCUAACGAUAAAAUAAUGAUACAUCUAUAAAAAUCUUUGUAUAUCAUUCAAAUUACUUUUUAUUUUUCUUAAUCUUCUAAUUACCUUGUGGUUGGUCAAUCGCUAACUCUUGUAUCCACGAUAAUUGAAUGAAUAAAAGAAUCGAUAUAUAUAUA